AUGCCUAGAAUUAGCAAAAACAAAAAGAAAGACAAGGGAGCAGAAUCAAAAUCUAUUAAACGUAAAGCUGACAACACAGACAAUGAAAAUAUGUCUAACCAUAACCAUAAAAAAGUCCCACUCACAGAUCAAGAAUUACUCGAUGCUUCUAAUGCCAAAAUAGGAGGAGAUUCAGAUUCCGAAACAACAGCAUCAUCAACACCAGCAAAUUCAACUAAACUCUCUAAAUACCAACCUCACAAUAAUUCUUCCCAUCAUUCUCUUUCUCCAACUAAGUCUAACUCAGCAACAAACACAACUAUUUCCACCAAGUCCUCUCAACCUAAAAACAAAAGUUCCAGCAGCCCUUCUGAAAUACUCACUCCAAAAGAUUCCACCCCUAAACCCCCUCUAGUCUAUUCUAAAUCCAACUGUGGUCCUUAUAUAGUCUUCAUCGAGCCCAGAUCAUCCUCAUCUUCCUCGCCUUCAUCCUUAAACCCCACAACUAUUGGACGUCUACUCUCUCCUUCAUACAGCCCUAAUCUAAUCUCUAUAAAAUCUUCUGGCAAGAAUAAAAUUACAAUUUCCCUUAAAAAUAGUGCCUCUGCAAACAAACUUAUCUCAGAUAACAUCUUAUUUCAAAACAACUUAAAAGCAUCCAUUCCACAUCACAGACUCUUCAGACAAGGAAUUAUCAGAAACAUCCCCAAAGAUCUCACUGAUAAUCACAUUUUAAACUCUUUGGACUCACACAUUCUCAUAACAGGUGCCAGGCGCCUGAAAAGAAGAUCCAAUAUAAAUCCUUCAGCGUCAGAACUUGUCGACACUAACUCAAUUCUUAUAACUUUUGAUGGUCAAACCCUCCCAACUCAUGUGAAACUCUUCUCUGUUAUACAUGAAGUAGAACUAUAUAUCUCUCCAACCAAAAUGUGCUAUGCCUGCUUCAGGUAUGGCCAUUUAAAAAGUCUUUGUAAAGGCAAGUGCCUAUGCUCUCACUGUGGCCAUAAACAACAUGACUCUUCUGACACUACAGAUGUCUGCUCAAGACAUGACUUACCUCCUCUUUGCAUCAAUUGCAUGGGUGAACAUCUACCCACAGAUAAAAGCUGUCCUGAAUACAUCUUUCAGAGGAAAGUACAUCAUUAUGCUGCAAUUCACAAUACAUCUAUUCAAGAAGCACUAAACUUCCUAGCCACUAAUGAUCCCCCUACGCAUAUCUCUCGCUCUGUACAGACCAUUAAACUCUCUACAUCUAAAAAUACAUCCUCGCCUCCUACCUCAUCUCCUCAGCACUUUCCCCUCCUUCCUCGUCAUGAUUCAAAUUCAAAUCCUCUCAAAUCUUCCCUACCACCAAGAAACACUUCCAACAGCAGCAAUGUUACACACUAUCCUUCACACCAACCUACUACUUCAUCAUCACAACGUAAAACAUCAUAUGCAGCUUCUCUGAACUCUCGUCUUACACCUCUUCAUCAUACUCACAUACCUGAGCACCAAAUUGCACCUUCCCCCUCUGAAACUCACCCUUCACAACCUCAUCACCACCAUACCUCAUCUAACAUCUUUCAUUCAAGCUCUUCUACCGUUCCCUCUGUUAACAACUCAUCUUCUAACUUUUCUCAUCUAUCUCGUUCAAACUCACCUUUCCUUCAGUCCCAUUUUUCUCGUUGCUCGUCUCAACUCGACUCCCAACCCGAUGAAAACCUUUCAUCUCAAUCUUUUUCAAAUCCCAACUCCGACAUAGCUCACAUACUUACAGAAAUUUUCCACACGAUUUUACUUCCUCUUCUCAUUAACUCAAAUCUAUCAUCACUCCUUCCUAUUCUUACUAGCCUAUUAUCCAACUAUCAAAAUAAUGGAUUACACAACUCAGCCUAGUAAUAAUC